AUGAGUGGCCCGCAGACAUUGACCCUCGGGGAUGUGACGAGUCUCUUCACGUUGCGAGGCGCGUAUACGCUCGCGUACUCCUUCACGUUUGGCAUGGCCGUCUGGGUUAGCUUCUUUGGCGGUGUCAUCGCGUACAAGACGCUACCCCGACAGAUGUUCGGCAACCUGCAGCACCGCACAUUUCCCAUUUAUUUCAACGUGAUGCUGGGGUUGUCGACCGGCCUUCUUGGAGCCUGGACGUACAAGCACCCUGAUGUUAUCUCAUACGCCACGAAGCCUCUCGUUCCAGAUGUUUUCCAGGCUUAUGCGCUGGGAUCCGUGAUUCUCACUUGCGUCGCAAACUCAUUCGUGCUCGGCCCGAUGACUAGCAAGACCAUGUUCAAGCGCCAUAAAUUGGAGAAGGAGGAGGGUAAAGCCUACAACGAUCCCGGGGUAUCGGAUGAGAUGAAAGCGCUCAAUCGAUACUUCAUGCAGCUUCACGGAUAUAGCUCUUUGGCUAAUCUCGGCGCUCUGAUAGCUCUCGCUAUCCACGGCCUUUGGUAUGGUAGCCAUGGUCUCUGA